CCCGCGAGGUGCAGCAGCCAGCUUCGUCAGGCCAGCUUCUCGCGUCACGCAGCCUCCAAGGCGACGGACCUUCACAGGCCCGGCCCGUCGGUUUGGCCUUGUGUGUCACGUCGCCGCACUGGCGGACUCUGCGUUAGCGAGUGGGUGAGAGGGAGAGAGAGAGAUAGCGAGAGAUAGAAUGGUAGGUUUUUGUGUUUGUUGAUGCUUCGGAGAGGAAGGACGUUGAUGGGGGUAAAGUUUUUGCGGUUACAAUCGCGGCCUUUUCGAUGGUGAGUUUGAUGUCGGGAGAGGUCAACGAGAGAGCUCGGUUUGAAUUUGUGUGUGAGGGGGAGUUGUGGGAAAUUUAGGGUUGCAGCGGAUGCAGAGGUGAGGAGGAGAGAGACAGGGAAGAGAGUGAGUGAGUGAGGAGGAAGGAAGGAAGAUGGGGGAGACGGAAGCGGGGUUCGCGAAGUUGCAGGGGGAGGAUUUCGAGUAUUACAUGCAGACGUAUUCAAUUGUGUUGGGAAGGAACAGUAAGAAGUCGGCCGUGGAUGUGGACUUGGUGGGGUUGGGAGGGGGGAUGAACAUAUCCCGGCAGCAUGCGAGGAUUUUUUAUGAUUUUGAGCGGCAGCGGUUUGUGCUGGAGGUGUUGGGAAAAAACGGGUGUUAUGUGGAGGGUGUGCUACACCAUCCAGGCAAUGUGCCCGUAAAGUUGGACUCGCAGGACCUGCUGCAGAUCGGGGAGAAGCGGUUCUAUUUUCUCCUUCCUGCGAAGAAGAUCGUGCGUUCUGUGGCUACUGUGUCCAGCCCUCCGAACUCUAGAAAACGGGCUGCGGGUGGUGGCAGAGCGGCCUCGGCUGCGUUGGUUCUGGGCUCGUCCGGUCUUGUGAGGAAGGUAAGAGGGCGGAACAAGAAUGGGCCGGUUGGUGGAGGCACCUGGGGGCAACAACAGACUGGGAUGGUGCCUAAGGAGGUGGUGCCUCCUCCUCUUGUCGGCACCGGCACAAAGGGACGGGAGGGGAACAGGUAUGACGAAGAUGAGCCCGACGUGGUACACGAACAGUUCGAAGGGACGGAAGUGGUGAAAAUCAUCCUAGAGAAGCUACAGAGCCAGUAUCAUCCCGGCGAGUGGAUGGCAGUAUCCAAAUUGCACGCCGACAUCUUAGACCAUUUCCAGCGCAGGCAACUGUCACCCCAAUUUAUGCAAAUUAUGGGCUUGGAUGGAGAUGGACAAGACAGGGAUGGCAAAGGAAACACCAAGGCCUGGUCGGGACUUGUGAGCCUGUUGAAGCAGUAUCCUCGAUACUUCGUCAUCAACACCAAGCUGAAAGGAGGAAUUAGGGUUGAAUAUGUUUCACUCUAUAUCGAGGAGCAGUAAUCGAUUUCUAUUUGUUGCGAUGACAUAGCAGAAUUUCUUUCAUCGCUGUGAUCCCCUCUGCCUCACCUCUUCACUGUAAAGUAAAUUGCUACUUAAGUGAAAUUAUGAAGGUUGUAACUCCCAUGAACUAGGUUACUUGUAGCGCUUUGCACUUGGUGCUGCCGUUCAUGGGUUGAUUUCAUACCGAUGCAAUCUGCCAAAAACAACAAUCGAGGAGAUGUGCUAUCAGAUCAUGAGAACCUGGGCACCAUCAACCCAUGUACUCAGCAGUACGUGGUAUGCUUUUUCAUGAUAUGCAUCCCGUGUGCUACACCAAUAGUUAGACUUCGGCAGUAAGCUUAUGCAGAGAAAUCGUUGGUUGUUCAUUUUUUUCUGCAAGGAAAGACAAUAGCCAGUUAUCUCAGUAGGCCAGGACCUCUUCAGUCUGUAUACUUGUGACGUUACUGGCCAUGUUAACAGAAUACAACAUUUCUAUAUUCUUCGAUUC